CGCGGUGAAAACGUCCAGUACGCUACUUCAAGCUCAAAGUCAUAGAUGGUUGAUAAGGACGAAGUUUUAGCUACUCAGGAUAUAGAAACGCAUCAUGACAGCAAACAAAAAAAGAAACGCACCAAAUUAAUAGAUUUGACACUUAAAGAACUUCCUCAAAAUGCUUCAAACGAUGUUAAGUUUGAAUAUAUAUGUCAGAAAUACUAUGAACUUUAUCAAAACCAGAAAGAAAACUCUUCAAAAAACAAACAAUUUGAGCAGAGUAUACAACAGGUGCGUGUUGAACGUGAUCAACUCCAGAAUGAACGUAAUCGUCUAAUUCUACAAAAGGAUAAACUUGAAACUUUAUGUCGUGAACUACAAAAACAAAAUAAAAUCAUUCAGGAAGAGAGCUUGUCACGUGCACGUAUUGAAGAUGAAAAACGUCGGGAAGUUUCAGAUCAUUUUCAAACGAGUAUAACAAGUAUCCAAAAUCAAUUAUGUGAAUAUCAGUCGAAAAAUGUGGAAUUACGCAAAGAGAAUCAAGAAUUAGCUGAUAAAUUGGGUGAAUUUAUUAAACAGCAUGAGAAACGUGAGGAACAUGUAGAUAAGCUUAUUGAAACACGUAGUUUAGAAUUGAAAUUAUCUGAAGCAAAAUUAAACAAGGCACAUUGUUUACUGGAUCAGGAAAAAGCGAAAAGUCAACAGAAAAUUCUUGCAUUAGAAGAGGAAGUGAAAUAUUUGAAGAAUCGUCUAGAAAUUCAAAAAACCAUCGAAGACAAAUUAAAAGAACAGAUCGUAUUCUAUAAAGAGAAAUAUCAAUCAUUCAAUAAAACAAUGUCAGAUAGUCGGAAAAUGUUUGAUACUGCUAAAGAGGAAAUGGAGAAGCUUGGUAAACGUAUUCAAUUAAGUGAGAGUGAAGCCGUUGCAUGGCAAGGUAAAUGGGAAGUUAGUCAACGUAGUUUGUUGGAAUUAGCUGAACAACAUAAAAAAGAAAUGUCAGAAUCAUUAAAUGCCAAGAAACAAGUAGAAAAACUUAGUGGAUUAUGUAGAGCUCUAAAAGAUCAAUUGAAUGAAUUAAGAAAACAACAACAAUACCAGAAAGAAUCACAAAACUUGGAAGAUAAACAAAAUAAACAAGAAAUGACUUCUGCUGCGUCUCUCACUACUUGUUGUCGUCAUCAUCCGGGUGAUGAUGAUCAUCAUCGUCUUCAUGGGAGAGAAGGGACAAAAGAAAAAACUGUUGAAAAUUCAAUGGAAGAUUGUAAUUUGAUUCAUCAAAAUAAUCAAGAUCAUACUAAUCUAAAUUGUAGUACAAUAAAUCAAUCAGAUUUUCAUAGUAAUAAUACACAUAAAAUGGAUGGAAAUGUUGAACUAUCUACAGAAACAAUGACGACAAUUGGAAAGAAUAGUUCCACACAAAAUGAAUCCAGUUGUUCCUCGAAUUCAUUAAUUCACUGUACAGAUAGUAUGAAUAAAUUAAAAUUAGAUUGUAAUAUUACUGAAGAUGCGACAUCAUCAUGGAAUUCUGAAAAUCCAAUCACUGAAUAAUGAUAAAUAUAAUACACUAGAUGAGGGAAAACGAAUAAGUCAUCUUAUCUACUAUUCGACAAAGUCAAUUGUUUGAAUAAAGAAAUCAAGUCACUACAACAACAAUAACGAAGUGUUAAUUUUCUCUCAUACCUAUGUGUGUGUGUGUGUGUGUGUGUGCGUGUGCGGACGCUUUCAAAAUUACCCCCCCCCUCCUCAAAAAAUAAACAAAUAAACGCAGCUGUAGUUUUUUUUCCCCAUUUUAAAACUUAUCCAACAUCUUUGCUGGUAUUCCCUUACCCUUAAUGCAUUUCAAUUACUUCUUGUAUUUUCAUUUAUAUGUUUAUCAACUAGUUCAUUUCACACACUAUCCAACAUGAAAUGUCUUCCAUAUAUAUAUAUAUAUAUAUAUA